AGGAGACAAGAAGAAAAAAAAAAGUAGCAGGAGAACGGGUAGCAUUUUAUGGCAGUAAAAUUAUCUGCUGUCUGUGACCAAAUUUUUAUAUUUUAGUGGCAAAUAUUCUGUAUUUCUAUAUAACUUUUUGUCAUGAUUUGUGAUGAGGGCCAGCUUAAUGACAGCGUUGUGGUUGUUUCCGGAAGGGCAGCGAGAAUCUAAAAUUCUUUUUUAGCGGAUAUUAUAAAGGUAUUUAAUUGUGCAGUAAUUAUCGCUGUAUCAAAGUGGGUAUAAAUGAUUGAUGAAGUCGCUCGCGCAGGAGUUUAAUAAAAACGCGCCAGGGUUCGGUAACCUGUCUCACCGCCGAAGAUGUUCGGCUUUUCUCGGCUUUCGGCCGAAGGGAAAGUGGGCGUGACCACGGGGGUCGUGUUUUUCUCCAUUCUCAUAUCCAGAACCGUGCUGUCGGAUCGCGUGGACAUUGGCGCGCGCGCGCGGCUGUUCCGCGCGCAGUUCAUCCUACUGAUUAACUCCGUGCUGCUGCUCGGCUCGCUCUACAUCUGGAAGCGCGUGGUGACGCGGCUGUGUGGCGCGAGGCUCGCAGCCGCUGCCUCAUCACGCGCCUGGGCGCACAGAUGUUGGCGCGCGGCUGUGCUGCUGUUUCUCGCGCUGGCUCACUGCAGCUACCUGAGCAUGUUCUACCUGGUGGGCACGGAGCCGCACUGGCUCGCUCUGCUGAGCUUCACCUGCCUGGGCGCUUAUGUCAUUCUCAUUUUCUUCCUCAUGGUAUUCGGCUGCGCGAGCCGAGUGCUCCAGAUGUUUACCAAGGGUUCUGUGGUGGCGGUGAGCAGCUCAGCCAGGCAGACGGUGCUUGCUUUAAUGAUGACCGCGCUGUUGGUUGUGUAUGGGCUGUUAAAUGCCACGCAGCCUCCGCAGGUGGUGGAGGUGGAGGUUCCUCUGGAGAAGCUUCCGGCUUCAAUGGACGGCCUCAAGCUGGUGCUGCUCUCAGAUAUCCACUUAGGACCAACAGUUGGGCGCUCACAGCUACAGCGUGUUGUCACCAUGGUCAAUCAACUAGAGCCAGAUGUGGUGGCAAUUGUAGGUGAUUUGACCGACUCUCAGGUAACCCGUUUGAGGACCGCUGCAGAACCGCUGGGUCUCCUCAGACCUCGACUCGGCUCUUACUUCGCAACAGGGAACCAUGACUAUUACACUGCUGAUGUGGAUAACUGGUUCGAGUUCCUGCGCCUGAAAGGGAUAGAACCUCUUCAUAACAGCCAUGCUCGAGUGUUCAGACCCGGUCAAACGCAGGACUGGAUCUGUCUUGCUGGCAUCGACGACCUGGAGGCUACCAUGCUGCGAUAUCCUGGUCAUGGGAUGGAUGUUGAGAAAGCUCUGAGUGGUUGUAGUGAAGAACAUCCAAUUGUUCUCCUGGCUCAUCAACCUCACGCUGCUAAACAAGCUCUCCAGCAAAGACCAGACAUCAACUUGGUGCUGUCAGGUCACACUCAUGCUGGUCAGAUCUUCCCUCUGACUAUCCUGGCGUUCCUGCUGAAUCCGUACUUCUGUGGACUUUACCGUGUCUCGGAGCACACCGCAAUUUACGUUACUCCAGGGACGAUUUAUUACGGCAUUCCAAUGAGAAUCGGCAGCCGUGCAGAGAUCACACAGAUCACACUGAAAUCUGCCUGACUGUACACGCACUGAUAAACACAGACAUUUGAUUGUAUGCUAGAAAAUGCCUCUUAAACAACAGCACUUUUUUGGGGGGGUAAUUGUUAUAAUGUUUAAAUGCAUCUUAACACGCAAUAUAAUGACUGUUGUAACAGCUUUGUGCCUACUUUAAUCACCACAUCACAUUCCUUCUUUCAUCCUCAGUAAUACUGUAUGUAACACAUACACAGUAGCAGGCAAUAAUGCUACAGGUGCUGACUUUGUCUGCAGACAAACAUGUUAGUGCCAAAAUUUUAAAAACAAAGCUCUCAGUUCUUAGUUUCCAUCUAACACACAAACGUUAAGAAAAACUAAUUUUAUUUUAUAAGUGUGGUUUCAUUGCAUGUUGUGUAAGUCCCGUCAAUAAAAGUUUGUACGGGCAUUAUGAAGGAAAAUAAAGCUUGGAAGAAAUUAAA